AUGGUGAUCCCCUUCCUCACCUCCGCACCCGAUAGGAAGCCCACGUACAGUCAGGAUGCCCGCUCGCCGGAACUUGUUUCCCUCAUGUUCGUCAUCUGCCAUCUCCGGAUCGAGUGCCGUCUUUUCGGGGAUGGACUGCAGUUUGUCAUUACUCGCUCACCACCCCUGGGGCCUACACGGGGUUACCCCCACGCACACCACGUCGAAGACACCGCUGCAAGCCCACGCUCCAGCCGCACCGCACCCCUCGUGACAGACACUCGCCAAGGCCUAGCGGCGAGACUGCCGUUUUCCGCUCUGUUGCGUCGCGAGGUGUGUUCCCCUCUCGCGGAGGCCAGUCGUUCGCGAAGACCCAAGUGCGGGACCGUUGCGUCGGGCAUGGAAGGCAUGCUCAGGCCCCUCUGGCACCGUGAAAAUUUGACGCCCCUUCUAGCGUCCACUCGCGAGCAGUCGUCUGCCGAGAUUCAUGACGCUCCCCGCGUGCCGACUCGUGCCAGCGCAAGCGGAAAAUAG